GAGUCAUGUGUAUAAAUGGACAAGGAUACUGCAAAAUUUGGUCUCUCACGAGAUCUGCCCCCAUCAACCAUGGCUUUCUUCGCAGAUCCCAAUUUGAAGAUAUCCUGGAUUUUCUAUCUUCUGUUUCUGCAAGCCACUGCAUUCUGCUACCAAUUCAAAGUUGGAGAUUUAGACUCAUGGGGUAUGCCGGCUUCAGUAAGUCCAAAGAUCUAUGAGAAUUGGCCUCAGAAGAAAGAGUUUCGAAUUGGUGACUCCCUCUUGUUUCUGUACCCACCAAGUGAGGAUUCAGUGGUCCAAGUCACAGAAGACGCAUACAACAUCUGUAACACCUCGAAUCCGAUAGCAUAUUUCGACGAUGGUAACACUGUGUUCAACAUUACUGGCCCUGGUACCUUCUACUUCACCAGUGGGGUCAAUGGUCACUGCCUCAAAUUGCAGAAACUUGCAGUUUAUGUUGCUUCGAAUGGGACGUCUUCAUCUUAUUCUGCCGAGUCUCCAUCCUCACUACCUCAAAAUUCAUCUUCUUAUCCUGCAGUCUUCGGGCCGACGGGCUCAACGUCAUUGGCCGCGCCAGCCAUGGUUGCUGUAUCUCCGUAUCUUAUAGCUUCUUUCCUAUUCUCUCUUCACAUCUUAUAUUGGGUAUAAAUCAGAGUCAUUAAGCAGGAGAGGUCUGCUUUUCUGGGGAUGGUAUACAUAAGUCUCUGCUGGUUUUCAUUUUACUUAAAAUCUCUGUUAUCUCUUCUUGUCUGAAAUUGGAGAUCUAUCAUUUAUUCUUUGGUCUAAUCUUAGUGCAGAAACCAAACUGGGGGAUCAUGUUAAUUAUUUGGUUAUUCAUACAUAAGCAAUUCGAAACCUUUCAGUAUUGAUGCUUUUUGAAGACCUGCUCUCUUUGUGUUUAUAAAGCCAUAAAACUUUGUCCUUUGAAAGACAUCAGUCGACCUUCUGUCCGUCGUUUUACUGGUCUCCCACGGAUGACCAUCUAAGAAACUUUGGUUCCUGCAGAAAGUUACUUGAGAUUGUCGGUUGGCUUAGUGACUGAGAGAGGAAUCUCUCAAGGAUGAGUCUCAAUCAAGCCCUUUUUACGAUUCACUUAUCUUAAAGUGAAGAAGAAGGUUGUGAAAAAAGAGAAAAAAGGUACAAAGGAGCAAGAACAUUGGCCUCAUAAUGGCACUCAUAAUCUUAAGAUCAACAUUGGCAUCUUUGCCUUUGCCAUCGGGCAUCUUAACUUUCAGAAAAGGUGAGAGGCAAAUAUGGAGGACGAUCCGAUGUAAAAAAUUUCUCCAAUUCUGUAUGUAUGUAACGACAAAGUUAUUGCAACCUCUGCUUCAUCUUC